AUGUCGACUCCAUCGACUCUACCUCCGCAUCAUCCCAAUUACGGAUACUCUCAUCAUCAAAAUUAUCAGUCGAACAAUCCAUAUCGAGCAAGCAAUAGUCUGUUGAACGGUAGUAGCCGUUUGGGCGCUUCUUAUACCAUUCCGACUACCUCGUCGAGUAAUAGCACAUCGUCAAGUGUAGCUCCUCCUUCAAAGUCGAAUCAAAUACCCUCACAUCCCGCAAAACCCGACUCUACAAAGUCUCCAGCAAAGCCCGCAGUCAUGGUUUCCUCCGCAUCGCAAGCGCCUCCCCCACACAAGAGACAGAGAUCCAAAGAGAGACAACCAGAUUGGGAUAAAUUCUACGAGAAUGGUUUACCCAAAGAGGUAAUUAUUAUCGACAGUUCUGAAUCGCCAGAACCAUCCCAGGACAUAUCCUCACAUAUUCAGACAAACGAUUCUGCAGUAGCAGCGAAUAGUCGGCACGCGGCGAAGAAGAGAAAACGCAAUGACGCAUAUGAUCCCGUAUAUCAGCGUGAUCCCUCGAUCGAUCCGAGUCCACAAUACAAAUCAGAAUCUGUUCCCGGUUCAACGAUAUCCACUGAUCGCACGACGUCUGCAAUUCACACGACCGCAGCUACAUCCCUUGGUUCCCACUCAUCUAAUGGGCAAAAUGGUUACGAGGCCGCCGAAGUUAUAGGGCAGAAGAGGAAAAGGACAAACACUCGAUUGCAAAUUGCCAAUGAAGCCAAGCGGAAAGAACUAGAAGUCAAUGGGGACGCAUUCAACAACUACAUACCACCUCCCAAACCUCCCAUAAAAUCUCGAGACGUUCCAGUUCGACAGGUACCUGAUAAUUCUUACACUAAGAAUAACAAAGUUGAUGAUGACGAUGGUCAUUACAUUGUAAUUCCGGAAACAAGCUUAACCACACAAUACUCGGUCUUAAAAUUACUCGGCCAGGGAACCUUUGGAAAGGUUGUACAAGCUCGAGAUCACCUCGAUAAUGACAAACUUGUUGCCAUCAAGAUCAUUCGCUCGGUGCAGAAAUACCGAGAUGCUUCGAAAAUUGAAUUACGAGUCCUCUCAACACUAAAAGCAAAUGAUCAUGAGAACCGGAACAGAUUCAUGGAUCUACUGGGACAGAGUGUUUUCGAUUUCUUGAAGGGCAAUUCUUUUGUGCCCUUCCCCAAUUCCCAAAUUCAGAGCUUCGCAAGGCAGCUAUUUACAAGUGUAGCCUUCCUACACGACUUAAACCUAAUUCACACAGAUCUCAAGCCUGAGAACAUUCUACUAUGUAACAAUGGUUAUCAAGCUUUUACCUACAGCCGCAAGAUUCCUUCUUCAUCAAGCACAAUUAGCCGGCAAGCGGCACAACGGAAAGUUCUUCUGGAUACAGAGAUUCGACUUAUUGAUUUUGGUUCCGCUACAUUUCAGGAUGAAUAUCACUCAUCUGUUGUAUCUACGCGUCAUUACCGAGCCCCGGAGAUUAUUCUCGGACUUGGCUGGUCUUUCCCAUGCGAUAUCUGGAGUAUCGGAUGUAUCCUUGUCGAGUUCUUCACAGGCGAUGCCCUUUUUCAAACACAUGAUAAUCUGGAGCAUUUGGCCAUGAUGGAAAUGGUAUGCGAUAGGAGACUAGAUAGCCAUCUCAUUCAGCAAGUCAACACUAUGGCGAAGCGAAGUAGUGGAAAUCCGGCUCAAAAAUAUUUCAGGCGUUUAAAACUUGACUACCCAACAGCUGAUACCACAAGGGCUUCUCGGCGAUUCGUCAAGGCGAUGAAAUCCUUAGAUGAAAUCAUCAAGGAUCAAUCGAAAUUUAGUAGGAAUUUCCUGGAUCUAUUGAAAAAGAUAUUUGUCUAUGAUCCAAAUGAACGUAUCACAGCUAAACAGGCCCUCCAACAUCCAUGGUUUAAGGAAGCUGCAACAGCAGAUGAUGGAAGAUUAUUCCCUAUACCCAACCAAUACGUCUUCGAAAAUAACGACAAUUUACAAGCCUCUCCGGGAUCAUCUCACGAGUUUACGAUUGCCGUGAAAGAAAAGCGAUAUCUUGUCCUUAGAGAAAACCCAAAGAAUUUGUAUCACAGCACAAGACAGAGGCAAUCGCCAAUACAUAGCAGUAGGAACAGAGAGCAACGACCAGGAGAUCUACUAAAGAUGCGCAACUAUAUCCAAUUCCUCACCACGCCCACGGCGGAUACGCCUGGGACUACAUUACUUCUACACUUCGAUAACAAGAGAUACUUGAUUGGCAACAUUGCGGAGGGAACUCAAAGAGCAUGUGUGCAGAACAAAAUUUCCUUGAUGAGAGUUGGGGAGCUUUUCCUGACUGGGAAGGUGGACUGGGCUUCGACUGGAGGAGUUUUGGGUAUGAUUCUGACUUUGGCGGAUGCGACGAGCGCUUCGAGAGAGGAACGAUUCAAAAUUAAGAGUGCAAGUUCGCAAAAGAAGGGAGAAACCGCCGAGAAACCCGACAAGGCCUUCCUAAAUAUACAUGGAGGGGAAAAUUUGACUCAUCUGCUCGCGACGGCUAGGAGAUUUGUGUUCAGAAAUGGGAUGCCAUUGUAUACAAAUGAAUAUCGGGCGGAUAGGGAGCAGAGAACGAAUUGGGAUCCUUCAUGGAGUGAUGAAAAUAUCAAGGUGUGGGCCAUGGCAAUUGAGUCGGAGGGGAGUGCGAAAUGUCCUGGGAAAAGAACUCAUGAAGAAUUUGCGGAUGAUUCUCUGUCUGAAGAGGGCCAAGAGUUGAAGCUUAAGGAAGCCCAAGAACUUCGGGAUGAAGAGGAUAAUAAACAUCAAGUACGAAAGUCUGUCGUAUCUUCCAUGUUCGAUUCAGAUUGGAAAUUGGACACCCUUUAUUCGAUGAGGCUCAAGGAUGUUAGAAUGCCUGCUGCUAUCUUUGUUAGGAACUCAGAUGGUAAGAUUCAAAAAUACCAAGGGCCUAAACCUGGAGGUUAUGAACAAGUUCCCGAUAUUGAAGUCCUCACGCGGAAACCUUGGCCAGGAGCACUGGUCCAGUCUUUACCUCCGACAAAACCUUCUACCAGUUCUGUCUCAUACAUCAUAAAAAAUCACACUCAGCGUGGAAAGUUCAAUCCUAAAGAAGCUGAGCGAUUGAAUGUCAAGCGAGGUGCUGAUUAUCGGACUUUGGCAGCAGGACGAAGUGUGAUUGCAACUGAUGGGACCACUGUCACCCCAGAACAAGUUUUGGGAUCGAGUAAAGAAGGUAACGGGGUUGCAAUUAUCGAAUUACCUGAUGUCUCUUAUAUUAGAUCAUUACUCGCUCGUGAGGAAUGGGCAUCAAGAGAUGUCAUGGUCGGUGUUGAAUCAGUGGUAUGGAUAUUGGGCCCUGGUAUUUUAGCAGAUCCCAGGGUACAAAAUUUCAUGGAAGAGCACAAAGAGUUUACACACAUUGUAUCCUCGCCGGACAAUUGCUCAAAUUAUCUUGCAUUCAGUUCGGCAGCAGCUCAGGCUAUUCGUCUGCAUCUUCUCGAUUCCGAACGUUUCCCAAUUCCUUCAUUCAGCAAUGUAUCCAAGCCACUACCCGAGCCGGUACUACAUCAAAAGGCAAGAUUAGGGAAAAUAAUGCUGAUCGAACCAAAAUUCGAGAUUCAAAAUGAAAAGUGCAUUCCUUAUCUUGAUACCGAGCAGGUGGUAAGGGAAGCAGAUCGUGAAGUUCUUGCUUUGGCAAAUGAAGCUAGAAAAGAGGUCAUGAGUCCGGAAUAUCAAGCAAGGCUUGACGAAAUUCAAAAGGAUAUACCAUGCAAGGAUGCAGAAGUCAUUACUCUUGGAACUGGUUCCGCUUUACCUUCGAAAUAUCGAAAUGUUUCAGCUACUCUACUCCGUAUUCCUGAAUAUGGCAAUUACCUCUUCGAUGCUGGUGAGAAUACACUUGGUCAGAUGAAGAGAGUAUUUGGCAAAGAUCUUCCAGGCAUACUCUCUAAUCUUAAAGCAAUUUGGAUCAGUCAUCUCCACGCUGAUCAUCACCUUGGUACCGUUUCGGUCAUCAAAGCGUGGCACGAAGAGACAUCCAAAAAUGAAGCAAUGAGAAAUAAUAAACUCGUCAUAGCGUCGGAUCACGGUAUGAUUCAUUGGCUGACGGAAUACUCCGAAGUCGAGCAUUAUGGAUUUGAGAGACUAGAGCUUGUCGAAAUGACGUCCGCAGUUAAUGAUCUUUACGAACAAUUCACACCCGCACAAACCGAGGCAUUCGGUAUUUCAUCUAUCGAAGCUUGCCAGGUAAGCCAUUGUCAUGGUGCUUUGGCUGUUGCAUUCAACUUCCCCAAUGGUUUCAAGGUUGCCUAUUCAGGUGAUUGCCGACCAUCGCAAGACUUUGUUAGAAUUGGCAAAGGUGCCACAUUAUUGAUACACGAGGCUACAUUCGAUGAUGAACUUCAAGGUGAUGCUAUUGCCAAGAAACACUCCACGACCUCGGAAGCAAUGAAUAUUGGCAAGAGUAUGGGGGCAAGACGUAUCUUACUUACACAUUUUUCGCAAAGAUAUCAAAAGAUACCGGUUAUGGACAGCGAAGUUACAGAUCAGGUUGCUAUUGUUGCAUUUGAUUAUAUGAAGGUUAAAAUAUCUGAUUUCUCGAAGUUAGCGGCAUUUAGACCGGCAUUGUUGAAGCUUUAUGAGGAGAAAGAAUAG